UCCAUAUCUCAGUCACACACUCACGCGCGCGCGGGGGCCGGGGGCCGCUGGACCCGCCGUUCUCCUUCUCCUCCCCCCCUCGUUCCUCUCGUCUCACCACUACUACCCUACACGCGCCGCGGCUAGGAUUCCGCCGAGGAGACGCUGCGCGCGUGGAUCUCCGGUGCUGUCCUGCUAGCGUGCGACGAGGCCAGGCAGGCGCGCGGCCGGCGCCAUGAGCUUCGGGAGCCUAUUCGACGGCGGGUCCGGCGGCGGCGGAGGAGGAGGAGGGAUGCAGUUCCCGUUCUCGACCGGGUUCUCGUCCUCGCCGGCCCUCUCCCUCGGUCUGGAGAACCCCGGCGGCGGCAUGGUCGGCCGGAUGCUCCCCGUGGGCGGCGCCCCCGCGGCCGGCGGGAUGGCGAGGGACGCCGCCGACGCCGAGAACGACAGCCGCUCCGGGAGCGACCACCUGGACGCCAUGUCCGCCGGCGCCGGCGCCGAGGACGAGGACGACGCUGAGCCGGGCAACCCGCGCAAGCGCAAGAAGCGCUACCACCGCCACACGCCGCAGCAGAUCCAGGAGCUCGAAGCGCUGUUCAAGGAGUGCCCUCACCCGGACGAGAAGCAGCGCGGCGAGCUCAGCAAGAGGCUCGGCCUCGACCCGCGCCAGGUCAAGUUCUGGUUCCAGAACCGCCGCACGCAGAUGAAGACGCAACUGGAGCGGCACGAGAACGCGCUUCUCAAGCAAGAGAACGACAAGCUGCGGGCCGAGAACAUGGCGAUCCGGGAGGCGAUGCGCAGCCCGAUGUGCGGCAGCUGCGGGAGCCCCGCCAUGCUCGGGGAGGUGUCCCUGGAGGAGCAGCACCUGUGCAUCGAGAAUGCGCGGCUCAAGGACGAGCUCAACCGCGUCUACGCCCUCGCCACCAAGUUCCUCGGCAAGCCCAUGCCCGUCCUCUCGGGGCCCAUGCUGCAGCCGAACCUGUCGCUGCCCAUGCCGAGCUCGUCGCUGGAGCUGGCAGUAGGCGGCCUCCGUGGCCUAGGGUCUAUCCCUUCCUUGGACGAGUUUGCUGGCGGUGUGUCUAGCCCGUUGGGCACGGUGAUCACGCCUGCACGGGCGACCGGAUCUGCUCCGCCGCCUAUGGUGGGCGUCGACAGGUCCAUGCUGCUGGAGCUUGCGAUCAGCGCCAUGGAUGAACUAGUUAAGCUGGCACAGGUUGACGAGCCCUUGUGGCUUCCCAGCCUCAGUGGCUCUCCCGACAAGAAGCUGCUCAACUUUGAGGAGUAUGCCCACUCGUUCUCUCCGUCCGUCGGCGCCGUGAAGCCUGUGGGCUAUGUAUCCGAGGCCUCUAGGGAGUCUGGCCUCGUCAUCAUUGACAACAGCCUUGCUCUUGUAGAGACCCUUAUGGACGUGAGACGGUGGUCUGAUAUGUUCUCGUGCAUGAUUGCUAAGGCCACAGUCCUAGAGGAGGUGACAUCUGGCAUUGCAGGAAGUAGGAAUGGUGCGCUGCUGCUGAUGAAGGCUGAGCUACAGGUGCUCUCACCUCUAGUGCCCAUCAGGGAGGUCACAUUUCUCAGGUUUUGCAAGCAGCUGGCUGAGGGUGCAUGGGCAGUAGUGGAUGUGUCCAUUGACGGAUUGGUGAGAGAUCACAACUCUGGAACAGCAUCCAACGCCGGAAAUAUACGGUGCAGGAGGUUGCCUUCUGGCUGUGUGAUGCAGGACACUCCCAAUGGCUACUGCAAGGUCACAUGGGUAGAGUAUACGGAAUACGACGAGGCGUCAGUACACCAGCUCUAUAGACCACUCAUCCGGUCCGGGCUGGCCUUUGGGGCCAGGCGGUGGCUUGCAAUGCUGCAGCGCCAGUGCGAAUGCCUGGCCAUACUCAUGUCCCCUGAUACAGUUUCAGCUAAUGACUCGUCAGUCAUAACACAGGAGGGCAAGCGAAGCAUGCUGAAGCUGGCACGGCGGAUGACGGAGAACUUCUGCGCCGGGGUCAGCGCGUCAUCUGCACGUGAAUGGAGUAAGCUGGACGGCGCUGCAGGCAGCAUCGGGGAGGAUGUGCGGGUCAUGGCACGGAAAAGCGUGGACGAGCCUGGGGAGCCGCCGGGCGUGGUCCUAAGCGCAGCCACAUCGGUGUGGGUGCCCGUGGCUCCGGAGAAGCUCUUCAACUUCCUCCGUGACGAGCAGCUGCGUGCGGAGUGGGACAUCCUCAGCAACGGAGGCCCGAUGCAGGAGAUGGCCAACAUCGCCAAGGGGCAGGAGCACGGGAACUCGGUGUCCCUCCUCAGAGCCAGUGCCAUGAGUGCCAACCAGAGCAGCAUGCUGAUCCUCCAGGAGACUUGCACUGAUGCAUCAGGCUCGAUGGUCGUGUAUGCUCCAGUGGACAUCCCGGCGAUGCAGCUCGUCAUGAACGGCGGGGACUCCACCUACGUUGCUCUGCUGCCGUCUGGGUUCGCCAUCCUGCCUGAUGGCCCAAGCAGUGUCGGCGCCGAGCACAAGACAGGCGGCUCGCUGCUCACCGUCGCCUUCCAGAUCCUCGUCAACAGCCAGCCGACCGCCAAACUCACCGUGGAGUCAGUAGAGACCGUGAACAACCUCAUAUUCUGCACCAUCAAGAAGAUCAAGACAGCGCUGCAGUGUGACGCUUGACUGUCGCGUGUCGCCGCAGGGGGGGUGGUCGGUGAUGACGAGCCUGAGUCAAGAACGAACCUCGUGCGGGAAAGAAACCUUUGCUAGGUGAUAAGGAUCCAGCUUGGACGGGUCUUUAGCACGGAGCAAUGGUGGUGGUUCGGGUAUUGACUCGGUCUCUGUCAUCUGCUUCUUCUCCAUGGACCAUGGCAACCUGUUGUCUGAUACGGGAUCUUGAAUAGUGCGUGGACAAUGAUGUGGUUAGAUGGUUAAAAUCUUUUGUUUCAGUCCCAUCGUUUCAUCAGGGAAUCAAACUUUGAGUUUUGGCCGCCUCGUUGUUAGUUGUAAUAUACAGUUCAUUUUAUAUUGUGAGGUAAGCUAUAUGCCAUGUGUAAACAUGAGAGCUCAGGAAUGUUGGGUAGCAUCAUGAGUGUAGCUAGGCAUCGAACUAUCGGCCAAUAAAAUGUCUGAUCGAUAAA